AGCACCACGCCUCUCCUGUGUGUUAAUAUGUGACUCAUCUAUGCAGGAGCAGAAGAGACAGGAUUACUGACAGGAAUAAUACUUGCGAGCAUUAUUCAGAUCAUCAUUUACAGAUCAGUGCCAGGAUGGUUGUGCUGUCUAAAGAAUAUGGGUUUGUCGUUCUCACUGGGGUUGCCAGCAUAGUCAUGAUCGGCCACCUCGCCGUGAAAGUUGGCAAAGCCCGCAAGAAGUACAUGAUCAAAUACCCUCAGAUGUACAGCGAUGACCCAGAAACCGGAAAUAUCUUCAAUUGCAUCCAGCGGGCCCAUCAGAACACCCUGGAGAUCUACCCUGCCUUCCUCUUCUGUCUCACCAUCGGUGGCCUGCAUAGUCCUCGCCUAGUCAGUGGUCUUGGAAUGACAUGGGUUAUAAGCAGGGAGAUCUACGCAUACGGAUACUCCACUGGAGAUCCUAAGAAAAGGAUGCGCGGGGCGUUCGGGAACAUUGCUCUGCUGGGCAUGAUGCUGAUCGUAGCCAACUUUGGCAGAACCCUGUUGGGCUGUGGUGACUGGGUGUGGUCUGGGAUGAGACCGGGGAUGAGGUUCUCAGCUCCCCUUCCUGCUACCAUUCCCCAGUAAGGUACUGCAACCCCAUCUGACCCCAAUCUAAUAGUAGUAGAAUGUCCGUUGUGGGCAUCCAUACAUGUGUAUGGCAUAUGUAGAAAGACAGAGUUCAGUAAACGUGGAAACAGACAACCACUGCUGUUUGUGCCUCAUUCCAUAACUACACCACCUCAACUGACCCCUGACCCACUGCUGAACACUGACAGGCCCAGAGAACCUUCUGCAACAAACGACAGAGGCGGCACAUGCUUCACCACGCUGAUUAACCUAUUCUUUGUGAGCGUGAUGUUUUAAUACAUAUAUUUGCCAAAACUGUAUCCUUAAUGAAAUAAUAAUGAAUAAAAUGACCAUGGGAAAUAUUAAAUAUUUUUAUUUGGUUCUAUCGUGGACUUAAAUGCUGGUA